CUCUGUGAUACUGAUAGUAUAUAGUUUAGUUUUAGCUCAAAGGGGCGGCAGGCAGUUGUCGGUCACCACAAGCUGACAGCCGGUUUCCCGGUAUCUCUCCCCCACCUAUAAGUAACGAUUCAAGCCGACUUGUGCGCAGUUUUGGUCAUCUUUUUCACACGGACAGAAAUACCAAGAAAGUCCCAGAAGCGAAAAUUCAUUCUUUGUUAAUAUUAGAUUCAUCGCCUAAAAAUUAAGAGUAAAAUUUUCAAGGACUCAGGUUUAAAGAUUCCAUUUUUCCAAGAAAAGAGUUGUCUGAAAGAGCUUAGUGAUUGAAGAAGACGAAGGAGAUGGGAGCGGAAGCCGAGGUGGUAGUUCGAACAAGCAUCCCUAUGUUGGAUGUGCCCUCUUCUCAACUUGAUGUUAAAUCUCCGGAGACGCCUGUGCCGUUUGUACCAAGCAUUCGAUCUGGUGGUUUUGCUGAUAUUGGUCCGCGAAGAUACAUGGAAGACGAACACAUAAGGAUAGAUGAUCUGUCAGCACACUUGGGGUCGCUCAUCACAGUCCCCGAACCUAGUGCCUUCUAUGGGGUUUUUGAUGGUCAUGGAGGGCCUGAGGCUGCAGCCUAUGUUAGAAAACACGCAAUGAGAUUCUUCUUCGAAGAUGGUGAUUUCCCCCGAGCUUCUGAAGUGAAUGAUGCAUUCAUAUUGGAGGUUGAGAAAUGUCUGAGGAAAGCUUUUCUGCUAGCGGAUAUGGCCUUAGCUGAUGAUGGCAGCGUGAGCACUUCUUCUGGAACAACUGCUUUGACAGCUCUCGUCGUUGGGAGGCUUCUAAUGGUGGCGAAUGCAGGGGACUGCCGAGCAGUUCUCUGCCGGAAAGGCGAGGCGAUUGAUAUGUCUCAAGAUCACAGGCCUACAUAUGCAUCGGAGAGAAGGCGUGUCGAGGAAUUGGGUGGAUUCAUUGACGAUGGCUAUCUCAACGGUGUUCUCUCUGUUACUCGGGCCCUGGGCGACUGGGACAUGAAGCUGCCGCGAGGUUCCUCCUCGCCUCUCAUUGCAGAACCUGAAUUUCACCAAAUCACUCUAACAGAGGAUGAUGAGUUCCUCAUAAUUGGAUGUGAUGGAAUCUGGGAUGUCUUGUCAAGCCAGCAAGCCGUUAGCCUCGUUCGUCGCGGGCUCAGACGACACGACGACCCUGAGCAAUGCGCGAAGGACCUCGUGAUGGAGGCCCUUCGUCUCAACACUUUCGACAAUCUCACAGUGAUCAUCGUGUGUUUUACAUGUCUGGAUCAAACAGAGCAACUGUCGACGCGCCAGAAGAAGCUGAGAUGCUGCAGCCUCUCCGCAGAGGCUUUAUGCAGCCUACGGAGUUUCUUGGAUGGCGGCAGCAACCGGUGAUAGCCGGCAGUUUUCGCCUUUUACCGACUACCUUGCCCAUCUAUUUUAGGGAGGGAAGCUUCAGCUUGAGCAGCAUUAUGAGCUGUUUAGAAGUUUUGUUUAUUACAUUCUUUCCUGUUUUUGUAUCCUAAUUGUUUCACUGGUUUGGUGUACAUAUAAUUGGUGGGCCGAGAGAAUAAUAUGUGUUGUAACUUGUAAGAAUUUGACUAUGUAUUGGUAGAUGAUGAUGAUGAUGACGACUUUUUCUCUUGUUGUCAUUGUCCUUAAUAUUGGACUUAUUUAUUUUGGUGCCACCUA